CUUCGCUCCCAGCUCUCCUCCGCCAUGGCCUCUCACACCCUCCCCACUUCCUCCUCCUCCUCCUCCUCUCCUCUCUCUCUCCUCCCUUCCCUCUGGUGCUCAGGACACUCCACUCAGAUCAUUCUCCUCACCACGCAAAUCAGCCUCGAUGUGGCUCUUGAAACUUCCCUCCAGACAGCCGCAGAGGGGAUUUCACUGGAGGCCUUGUGUGAGGAGAUGCAAGAGCUCGUGACCAAGGCAGUGAGGAUGCUGCAGGUGUUUCCCGAGCAGGGCCAGAAUGUGGAGUCUGAGGGUGAACCAGGGCAGGUGAAUGUUCUGGAAGGACAUCAAGAGAGCCCAGUGACAAGAGAGCAGGCUAAUCGGUUGAGGAGCAUCGUCCUUGUCCUCAGCUCUGCCCUCCAGCGAGGGGUGCAGUACCUGCAACAGAUGGCCGGACAAGAGAGUGGUACCAACUUCCUCCAAGAUGGGCGACUCCGCUGGGUGUGGUCAGAAGACAGUGCCGGUACUAACGAGGAGGUGUGUCACCUGACCACGCUCGGGGCACGGAUGUCAUACAGGUACCACUAUGUCGGUGGAGGGAGUCGCCUUGUGCUGACACCAGCCACUGAGAGGGCUCUGGUGUUCCUGUUGAGAGGUGUCCACCAGGGACACCACUCUCUCCUCACUGGACCCGAGGCCAGUGGGAAGAGCAGUGUGGUCGCAGAGCUGGCAGCCAUGACUGGCCAACCUCUCUUCUCCCUUCACUGCACUCCCCACACUUCCUCCUGUACUCUCAUCAACUGUCUACGGGGAACUGCCCUCACUGGUUGCUGGCUGCUGCUCCAGUCAGUCGACUCUCUCUCCCUGGCAGCCCUCCAC